GAAACCUCGAAACCACCAUUUUGUCCGCUAUUAAUUAACUCUUAUUAAUUUCGGAUAUGCCAUAUAUUUUCUCAUUCAAUGUUCAAUAAAGCAUGCUGGUUCUGGCCACACCAAUCCUCUCUAUAUAUCCCCUAAAAGCAUAAUUUUCCGUGCAAAACAUACAUAUACAUACCUGCCGAGGUGCCUAGCACUUGACACAGAGAUAAGCUUGAUGUGGAAACCUCGCUAUUCAUGUCUAUCAUUGAUUGGUCAUGUAUUGCACGCGGAGUACUUUAUUCUACCCUAACUGACACCUAGAUAUGGUGGCUGAUAUAUGAUCAAGGAAUUAAGUCAUACAAAUGGUCGCGAGUCCCCUGGCAUCUGGUUUUUGUAGCUCUUACCCCAUAUCGCCGUAUCUGGAAUUUCCUAAAUGAUCAUGAUGAUGGUGAUUGUUGAUGAUUAUGGAAGAACGGCAAAUGAAAUUGAAAAACAAAACAAUGUAUAGCCUGUGGAGAGCCUAUCCGUUCUUCAUCCAUGUUUGUUUGUUGCUACCAUCCUCGUCAUUCCUAUUAUUCCUGCUUCCUGAUGCACUGGGCGCAGACAUAAAUGUAGCACCAUUGCUUCUCCCAGCCGAGGAGGGGAAAUGGGAUAUGGAUAUGGAUGUGAAUAGAGCCCUAGCUUCCAUUUCCAUCUCGAAAACAUGGCAUGUUCUUGGACCGUUCAAAACUGGUACAAGAGAAGCAACAUGGGGCGCAGAUCCGCUCGAGGUGCUCGGUGGAUUCCGCAAUAUGUCCUAUACCAACGAUCCCGCUGCUAGAUUCAGCAGCGCCCUGGGCGUUAACGGGUCCGUUGGUUGGUCUAUCCUGGAAGCGACGGAGCCUGAACGGGACGAUUCUGCAUCUACCAGCGCAAAGGUCACCCUCGACGUCGGCUUUCCGGACGUGGACUGGGAACUUCUCCGGUCGUUUUAUGGCUGGGCGGGACUACAGUAUCAAGCCUGGGCGCGAGGACAUUUUAAUGUGACCACGCGGGCUGUUGCUGGUGGUUAUACGAGUAGUUCUACCGUGGCUGUGUAUACGGAUGGAUUGCUGGAGGUAUGGAUUGACGGAGAGCCGUUCUUUGGCGGCGAUUUUUAUGCAUAUCGACGGGCGCCGGUUACUCUGAAACUGGCGGCCGGCUCGCAUGUUGUUGAUUUGAGGUUGGUGAGGGAUGUGCGCGCGUUGGGUGGUGUGGGAGAACCGAGAAUACGGGCUGCCGUGGAGGUUCAGUUGAUCCAGCCUUCUUUGGCUGGUGACGGUACUGGCAGUGAUGAUAAUGAUGAAGUGGUGUUGGGCUUGAAAUUGGAUGCGGGAAGUGUGCUUGUUGCAGACGUCGUAGAAGGGAAACUUGCUAGUCCCUUUGCUUCUGUUAUCGUGCGGAAUGAGCAUGAUGGAUGGGCGGAGAUUACGGACAUUAAACCUGUUCGCGAUAUAAAAUCUACUAGACCGAUGGUGGUAUUGAUCGAUAGCCCGAUAACGCUGGCUCCGCACCAGUCGCGCCCAAUAGGUUUGAAAAUCGAUUUUGAUGACCAGGCUCCCUCAAACUUCUCCUUCCAGCUCGUCUAUACAAUCGAGUCUGCGGGCAAACAGCGGAAAACAAACCCGGUGACUGCAACUGCGGUACCGCGCAAGAUAUCAGAUCCGCAAAAAUAUACCUUUCUCCACCCCAGCGGCAUCGUAUCCUACGCCAUUUUGCGGCCGCCCUUGAACGCCUCCUGCAAUUCCGCCGCGGCCAGUGGCGAUGAACAUAGACUUCCCAUUCUAGUUGACCUGCACGGCGCGGGCCUCGAAGCUGGUAAUGAACAGGUUAGGCAUAUGCUGGACGAUGCGUACGGGGUAUGUUCAUGGAUACUGUUCCCGACGGGUGUGACACCGUGGAGUGGGGAUGAUUGGCAUACUUGGGGUGCUGCGGACGUGCAGGCUGCGGUUGAUGCUAUACCGAACUGGAUGCAGUCGGUGGCGUGGGAAGGGCUGGGAGCGGCUUUAGAUGAUUGGCUUGUGUCCGGUCAUUCGAAUGGAGGCCAGGGAACGUGGUUCUUUCUCACACAUCAGCCUGAUAAAGUUAUCGCGGCUGCUCCAGUUUCGGGAUACUCGUCGAUUGAAAAUUACGUGCCAUUUACCAUGUGGCAUGAUGGACAGGCUACUAUCGCGAGCGUGAUCCAGACAGCUCGGCAGAGCUUCAAGCACGAAUUGCUAAUGGGGAACUUUAGAGGAAUCCCCAUUCUCCAACAACAUGGAUCUGCAGACGAUAAUGUCCCUGCAUACCACUCACGGCUGUUACACCAGCUAAUCUGGGAAAAUGGCUGGCAUUCUGAAUACCAUGAACUCCCAGGAAAGGGGCACUGGUUUGAUGGCGUCUUAACCACGCAACCACUGCUGGACUUCUACUCUCGUCAUACCAGCAAUUCUUCUUCCUACGACCACCUCCUCCCGGAACGCUUCUCCUUCUCUAUACCUAACUCAGGAGAUAUGGGAUCCCGAGGUGGCAUCAUGGUAGACCAGCUAUCGUCGCCGGAUAAAUUCGGACACAUCCAAGCGACCCGAAAAGAGGAAGGCGUGACUUGGCAUCUAAAAGCACGUAACGUGCAUCGUUUCCAUCUCCUACCGUCUAGGAUGCGUGUAGCGGUAUAUCCUAGGGUGAUUGUAGUGACGGAUGGUGAUGGGGGUGGCUCUGAGUCCACAUUUCUAGUCCCAGCUGCGGACCAAGCCCACUCAAAAUGGUUCGUCAAAGACGAGAUUACGGGCAGCUGGACCGUCUCGAACGAUGGAUCCUGGCAGGACGAUAUCAGACAGCGGUACGGCCGGCAGAAUGGUGCUAUGGACGCGAUCCUUCGCUCAACGGGUAGAUUUACGAUAAGGGUCUGCUCCCGGGACAGUGAUGGAAGCGAACAGCUUAUAAACGUGGCGCUGCAGAUAAGUCGUAACUUACUUCAAUAUUUCGCAGCGGACUCACAGCUUCUGCCUCUGCAAACUGCCUGCAACAGCAACAGCAACAAUAGUCACAGUAAUAAUAAUGAUCACAUCAUCGAUGACCAGGAGGAAGAACUACGCGGGCCAGGAAACCUCAUCACCAUCUCAAUCGGAAACGAUCUACCACCACCACCCGCCUCCCUCGUCACCACGUUCCCCAUCCACAUAGCCAACGACCACCUGACGAUCCGCACCACAACCUCAAACCUGCACACAACCACCCCAACCACAAAAUCCUACCCCUUCGAACCAGACCUAGGCGCCAUAUUCCUGCGCCCGCGGCCACUUCCGCACCAACGCCUCGAGUUGGUCGUUUGGGGCGCCGACUUGGGCGGGUUACGGCAGGCGAGCCGGCUCGUACCGCUCCUGACUGGGGUUGGGCAGCCUGAUUUUGUUGUUUUGAGUGAGCAGUGUCGAUGGCGGGGGUUUGCGGGGGCGUAUGCUGCUGGGUUUUUUGAUUUUGGGUGGCGGGUUUCUGCGGGGUCGUAUGUUGAUUGAUUUCGAUUGGUUUGGUUUUCUAAUUCCUUUUUUUUUUUUUUUUUUUUUCUUCUUUUACCAUCCCAUCCUUCCUCAGCCUUUUGACUGCUUUUUUAGGAGUGGGGAGAUGGGUUCUGAGCCUGAGGCUUCCCGGACGCUUGUUCCCUUUAUAUAACACCGUCGCUGAUGGGAAUAGGCUGAUACCCACGAAGUGAUUGGCAAAUGAUGAUGGUCAUCUGGAUAUUCGGCUAGCCAUAUCUACCCUAGGAGGUAUCUAGAAAAGGGUGUCACACUCAACAUCCCUCAAGGUUGUUCUUUUUUCUUAUUCUUUCUCAGCUGCUACCGCUCGUAAGCAGUGCUCAAAAGGGGAAGGGAAAAAAGGGUCAUCUCAAGGGCUCUUCGUACUUCUGUUUCUUUCCAUGCAGCGGCUAGCUGUGAAAUAUAUCUGCUAAAUAUCGCACAAUAUACCCCGCUGCUUCUCCUUUCUUCCAUCAUGCAGUUUUUCUCUGCAUGUCUACUUAGUUUGGAUACCAUUGUUCUGAGAGGAGUGAUGUUUCUCUCACCCAACUAUCUCUAUAGCUCUGAAGUAUAGAAGCUGCUAUGGUCAGGAUUGGUCAACACCCAUCAGCCUUUAUGAUUCUCUUCCAUACUGUAUUAGUGCCAAAAUGGAGUUGUUAUCAUCACCAGUGCAACUUCUCACUGCUGUUCACUCUUUGCCGGUAUAUCAUGAUAUCCCUCAGGAGGUCCAAACCCUAACCCAGCUCAAAGCAGUUAAGGCAUGCCUUCCAUCUACACAAAAAAAAAAACUCGAUGCUUCUUUCUUACUUAUCAUUCCUC